AUGUACUGCGUCGCUCGUAUCGUCCUCGGUUUCGGCAUUCCCUUCUGCAUUGUUGCCGGUUCAUCGCUGCUCGGAGAACUGGGAUAUCCCAAGGAACGUGCCAUUCUCACCUCGCUCUUCAACUCCUCCUACUUUAUCGGCCAGAUCAUUGCUGCCUCGGUGGGCUUGGGCACGGUUACAAUCGAUACAAACUGGGCCUGGAGAAUUCCUUCCCUUCUCCAAAUUGCGCCGGCCAUGGUACAAGUCUGCACAGUCCUGCUCCUUCCCGAGAGCCCCCGUUACUUGGUCAGUAAGGACAGAACAGAUGAAGCCGUUGCCAUUCUUACCAAAUACCACGCCGAAGGCGACCGCGACUCUGUCAUCGUCAAAGCAGAAAUCGCUCAGAUUGAGCGAACAAUCAAACUUGAACUCGAGGAGUCUAAGCAAUCCUGGGCGGACAUGUUCCGCACCGCGGGUAUGCGACGUCGUCUUUUCAUCUCUGCCUGCCUUGGCUUGUUCACCCAGUGGUCUGGAAACACCUUGAUCUCGUAA